AAUUUCCCACUGCAGUGUAUUAUAUUUUUCGGGCACAAUUGAAGGAAACGUAAAUUGAUAUUUUCGUCAAAAAUAAAAAAAUAAAAAACUUCUGUUUAAAAAGUCUCACACAAAUAUUUAGCCAUCAGCAAUCAUCUCCCUACUUGUUACGCCACACACCCUACAAGAAGAGUUAGGAGGUCAUUCGGUGCAUGCCGCCGGCUGAUGAAAAUAAAAAAGAGCUACAGCAUUUACGUCAUAUCAACGGUAAAAGUAUAGAGAUUCCUGUCAAAUCACACAAAAAAAUGGUACGACAACGCCCACGAAAGUCUGUUGAAGAACUGUAUGCGUCAAAAUUCGAAGCGAAUCCAAUUAAAUCUCAGGCGAAUAACCAUGUGCCCAAAAAUUUGCGUGAUCGAGGUGAGUACGGCGGUUAUAUCAUCACCUCAAAUACGCCCUACAACGCCAGCGCUCAGGCGGCAACUGGUAACUCAGCAGGGCUGAACGGUGCUAUUAACAGCAUGGCAAUGGGAGUUAGUAGCAUGGCAACCGGGCGACGCAAGAGCGCACGUCCGGCAAGCAAUAACAGUAAGCCGGACAAGUACUAUGGCAAAGAUGAAAAGGUGCUGAGUUUGGAUGAUGGCAAGAAAGAUCAUAGCAGCGGCAACAAAGCUAAGACAGCGAGAACAGAGAAGAACAGCUACGGUCCACCAGCGCCCAUGUAUAAUAUGCCUAAUUUGUAUGACAAUAAGAAUUUUACAACCUUCGCCGAUAGUAGUGGUCAGAAAGAUUUACGAGUUCAGGAACAUACCAACCACCAUCGCCAUCAUCAUACAAAUCAUCACGACGAUGAUAAGGAUGAUGAUACCGAGGAGUUUUUCGAACUCAUUCGCCAAACGGUUGAGAACGCCAUUGGUAAAUCCAUCUCUGAUUUACUCAAUCGUAAUUUUCGUGAGUUAUCGGCCAAAGUCGAUCGGUUUUCAGCUGAACUCAAAUCCACCAAUUCAUUGCUAAACAAACUGCAGGCGGAAUUGAACAACAAGGUGGUCCACUAUGGCGAGGAGAAUUCACGCCAUUUCCGAUACCUUUGCAUGAAAUCGGAAUAUGAUAAGAUGUUCUACCAACACCAUACGAUGUUGGCAUCCACAACAAAUACACCGUCAACCUCUGCACCAACUCCACCCAUACCGCAUCCGGAGAAACGUGGUAAUGGCUCAAAACAAAGCACAUCCAUCAACGACUGCGAAAAGACACAGAACGCGUGUUCGUGCCGCAGCACGAGCAAGACGCCCUCGUCUGAGCCUCACAAAACCUCAUCUGAAGAGCGUAGCAUGAGUCAAAAGUCAUCUGAAAUGGGUAUGCGUGAGGUACUGGAGCAUAUUCAACGCUUUUGCACGCAAAUACAAAUGACCGAGCUAAAGGGUGAUGAACAACCCUUGCCCAAGAGUACCAGUUAUCGUCUGGAAGAAGCUAUGAAAAUCAGUAAGCCAGUUUUCGAUGAGGAUGACGAUGACUUUCAAAUGAGCUCUGAUGGCAUGACGCCGCGCAGCGACGAACACUUGCACCACACCAAGUAUGGCGGCACAACAAUGCGAAGUUGCAGCACAACUCGGGGCGGCAACGGUGGAGGGGACGCCUAGCGCGAUCACGUGAGAAAUGAAAAAAAGCCACAACGAAGUGAUACAAAAAAAAAUUGAAUGUGUGAAUUGAAUGUUAUGACAGAAGUGCUCAUUGAAAAUCCUUAAAUAAUAAUACAAUUCCAAGUGUAUGUUAAUCCCAGCUCUAAAUUGUGCUCGUUUUCGAUUCUUUAUUUUAAAGAAUUUAAAUUUGUGUCAAUAAAUAUAUUUUGUAUUUUUCCUUGAUUCCAUUCUGUGUGGAAUAAACUAAAA